GAUCGUAUUAGUCUCUAAUUGCAGAGAAUUUUCCAAAUUCCGAUCGUGUCUCCGGCGAAGGUCGAAGCCUAAUCCGAUUCUUCAUCGCCGGAUGCUGAAUUUCAACGCGCCGUCGUCGGUAGAGAUGGUGUUAGCGGAGUUAGGGGGGAGCAUCUCGCAUGCUCUCCAGCAGAUGAGCAACGCGACGGUCGUCGACCAGAAGGCUCUCAACGAUUGCCUGAACGAGAUCGCCCGCGCUCUUCUCCAAUCGGAUGUUCAAUUCAGGCUUGUCGGCGAUAUGCAGGCUAACGUCAAGCGGCUCGUCAACCUCGACGACCUUGCCGCCAGACAUAACAAGCGCAAGAUCAUCCAACAGGCUGUGUUUAAAGAGCUUUGCAAGAUUUUGGAUCCUGGAAAACCCUCAUUCACUCCAAAGAAAGGGAAGACUAGUGUUGUCAUGUUUGUAGGCUUGCAAGGUUCUGGGAAAACUCCAUGUAAUGUGGUGAGUUUUGCGUCAUCUCACCGAAGCAUGUCUCUUACCGUAAGGGGUCAUCUCACUGGAGUCAAGACUGGUGAAGAGAAUGCUCGUGACAAUGAUGAAGAUGAUGAUAUGGUCAAUGCUUGAGGACAUGGACCUUAUGUUAUGACUUU